AUCUGAAGAUGGGUUUAAUAGUCAUACCCACCUCAUCGGGUCUUUGUGAGCUUACGUGAGUUAAGGCACUUAAGGCACCAAAAGCGCCCGACACCCAGAAAGUGCUCAGUAAACCCCAACUGCUCUGUUAUGUUCGGUCCCAGCCAGGCUCUGGACUCGGAGGUGGCCGGGGCCGAGCCCUCUGCGCCUCAGUUUCUCCGGCCGUCCUCUCUGCUCUCCGCCUUGGUGCGUCGGGGUUCACAGUCUCGCGAGCCUGGGCGGGAGGCCUCGGGACAUUGAGCGGCCCGGGACUCCCAGGCUGGAGGGCGUGGGAGACUCCGGCUCCGAACCCGCACCUCGGGCGAGCCCACGCCCCGCCCCCACGACGAGCGGGUCCCGCGGGCCCUGCUCCUUUAAGGCAGCCAGCAGGCCCGGGAGCGCGCGUCUCGCCCCCUCCGACGCCGCGGAGGUAGCGGCUUCACCUUUAAGGCGGCGCGGGGACUGCUGGGAAGGCCGGCGGGAUGCAGGCGGCGGGACCAGCUCACCGCUGCGAGUCCCGGUGAAGCGGCGCGGGAGCGGGAGCCCGAGCCCGAGCCGGAGCGGGAGCUGGGCCCGAGCGUGAGGCACAGGCCUGGCGCCCGCCUGCCGGCCCCCCACCUUCACAGGCGGCGCGGUCAUGGCCACGAUGGUGCUUCCGCGGGAGGAGAAGCUGAGCCAGGACGAGAUCGUGCUGGGAACCAAGGCCGUCAUCCAGGGACUGGAGACCCUGCGCGGGGAGCAUCGGGCCCUGCUCGCCCCACUGGUGGCUCCUGAAGCCGGCGAUGCCGAGCCCGGCUCACAGGAGCGCUGCGUCCUGCUGCGCCGCUCCCUGGAGGCCAUCGAGUUGGGGCUGGGGGAGGCCCAGGUGAUCCUGGCACUGUCAAGCCACCUGGGGGCCGUCGAGUCGGAGAAGCAAAAGCUGCGGGCUCAGGUGCGGCGCCUGGUACAGGAGAACCAGUGGCUGCGAGAGGAGCUGGCAGGGACACAGCAAAAGCUGCAGCGCAGCGAGCAGGCCGUGGCCCAGCUCGAGGAGGAGAAGCAGCACCUGCUGUUCAUGAGCCAGAUCCGCAAGCUGGAUGAGGACACCUCCCGCAACGAGGAGAAGGGGGACGUCUCUAAGGACUCUCUGGAUGACCUGUUCCCCAACGAGGAUGAGCAGAGCCCAGCCCCCAACCCUGGCGGAGGGGAAGCGGCUGCCCAGCAUGGGGGCUACGAGAUCCCAGCGCGGCUCCGAACCCUGCACAACCUGGUGAUCCAGUAUGCCUCGCAGGGCCGCUACGAGGUGGCCGUGCCACUGUGCAAGCAGGCACUCGAGGACCUGGAGAAGACAUCGGGCCACGACCAUCCUGAUGUGGCCACCAUGCUGAAUAUCCUGGCGCUAGUGUAUCGGGAUCAGAACAAGUACAAGGAGGCCGCCCACCUGCUCAAUGAUGCCCUGGCCAUCCGGGAGAAGACGUUGGGCAGGGACCACCCAGCUGUGGCCGCAACACUAAACAACCUGGCGGUUCUGUACGGCAAGCGGGGCAAGUACAAGGAGGCUGAGCCACUGUGCAAGCGGGCGCUGGAGAUCCGGGAGAAGGUCUUGGGCAAGUUCCACCCAGAUGUGGCCAAGCAGCUGAGCAACCUGGCACUGCUGUGCCAAAACCAGGGCAAGGCUGAGGAGGUGGAAUACUACUACCGGCGGGCACUGGAGAUCUAUGCCACGCGCCUGGGGCCUGACGACCCCAACGUGGCCAAGACCAAGAACAACCUGGCCUCCUGCUACCUGAAACAAGGCAAGUACCAGGAUGCAGAGACCCUGUACAAGGAGAUCCUCACCCGAGCUCACGAGAAGGAGUUUGGCUCUGUCAAUGGGGACAACAAGCCCAUCUGGAUGCACGCAGAGGAACGGGAGGAGAGCAAGGAUAAACGCCGGGACAGCACCCCAUAUGGGGAAUAUGGCAGCUGGUACAAGGCCUGUAAAGUAGACAGCCCCACAGUCAACACCACCCUGCGCAGCUUGGGGGCUCUGUACCGGCGCCAGGGCAAGCUUGAAGCUGCACAUACGCUAGAGGACUGUGCCAGCCGCAGCCGCAAGCAGGGCCUGGACCCUGCAAGCCAGACCAAGGUGGUGGAGCUGCUGAAGGAUGGCAGUGGUGGGCGGGGAGACCACCGUGGCAGCCGAGACAUGGCCGCAAGUGCCAGGCCUAGGUUAGAGUCUGACCUUGAGGAUGCGGUGCCUGCAGCUGAAUGGAGCGGGGACGGCAGCGGCUCCCUGCGGCGCAGCGGCUCCUUUGGGAAGCUCCGGGAUGCCCUGAGGCGUAGCAGUGAGAUGCUGGUGAAGAAGCUGCAGGGCAGUGGCCCCCAGGAGCCCCCUAACCCCAGGAUGAAGCGGGCCAGUUCCCUCAACUUCCUCAACAGGAGUACUGAAGAGACCGUCCAGCCUGGAGGCACCGGCUUCUCUGACAGCCGCACACUCAGCUCCAGCUCCAUGGACCUCUCCCGACGAAGCUCCCUCCUAGGCUAAUGCUGAAGGGGCAGCCGGUCACCAGAGCUUCCAGCCGGCACUGUUCCCCCCCCCCACUCCAGCCCUGUGCAUGGGCCUUGCUGCUUGUCCUGCCUGUCCUUCCCAAGGACCCUCUGUCUUUUCUGUUCAAUCUCAGGGUAUCCUCCUCCCUUGUCAUCUCAGCCUGAGCCCUGGAGGCUGGGCCUGCCCGCUCCAGCUUCCACCCCUUAUUUAUUCCUAACAGCAGGGCCCCUCUUCCCCAGCUUCCGGGCCAGGGGCAAGCAGGAGCUGCCGGAGGACUCUAAGGUAGAGACUCAGCGGCCGCCCUCCCCAGAUACCCGGAGCUAAUAACACUAAGCACCUGCCGUCCCUUCAGCACCCCUGCCCUCCCCCGGCCGUUGCUUCUGUAUAUAGAGAAAUAAGUUAUUGGCCGCGCCCCUCCCCUCAGUCCACCGUACUACCCUGGCCUCUUUUCCCCCCUCCCUUCUCUAGUGGUACCGCCCAGGCCUUAAUCACCCCCAUUCCGCGCGGUGGCGUCUCCCAGGCUCCGCAUCUCGGGGUCGGCGCCUCCCCCAAGGGUUCCCAGGACCUUCUCGCGCACCUGCUGGCCUCAGAGGGGCGCGCCCUACCCGGCCAGCCCCCGGGUGCCCCACGGCCGGGCCCUGCCCCACGGCCGGGCCCUGCCCCGCGUCCCGACGUUAUGCACUGCUCCUCCGCGCGGCCCCGCCCCGGUACGGCCAGACCCCGCCCCGGGCACCGCCCGCUGAGCCAUCCUGCCACGCCCCCUCCCGCGCUGCAGCUUCUCGUGAGCAGCGGCGGUGGUGGGCACCCCCGCCCGCCGGGGCAGGAGGGGCUACCCUAGUUGAAGGGUAUGGCCGUCGCUCUCCAUUUUCAGAUGUUGCUGUAGAAAUAAAGACGGUUUGACUCUUA